GCAUAUCGAAGGUCGUAAAGCUAAUUACGUGCUUUAUUUAAAAUACUUGUAAAACACUGAUAAUCAUUAUCCAUAGUGUAUCACAGUAUUAUGCAAUUUUAAUUAUCUCCAAUAUCCAUUACUGCAUGUUUAAAAUGUUGCGUACUAUCAGUAAAUUUGUACCGAAACAGGCGGCGAGAUAUUCAACAGCACCUGUUCCCAACAGCAACCCAGAUAUUCUCUAUACUGGUUUAUUUAUAAACAAUGAAUGGGUGAAGUCAUCAGAUGGCAAAACUUUUAAAACAGAAAAUCCUGCUACCGGUGAGGUGAUUGCAGAAGUCCAACAAGCUGGCAAAGUUGAUAUAGAUAGAGCUGUGCAAGCAGCUAAGGAUGCCUUCAAAUUUGGAUCACCAUGGCGAACAAUGGAUGCUUCGCAACGUGGUGUUCUAAUCAACAGACUAGCUGAUCUAAUUGAGAGAGACAGAAAUUAUUUAUCGAGUUUGGAGGCCUUGGACAACGGCAAACCAUAUAAAGCUGCGUAUUACGGUGAUGUGGCUGCAGUAAUAAAGAACCUACGCUACUACGCCGGCUGGGCGGACAAGAAUCACGGUCAAGUGCUGCCUACUGAUGGAAAAUACUUGGCUUAUACGCGCCACGAGCCAGUCGGUGUAUGCGGUCAGAUAAUACCGUGGAACUUCCCGUUGUUGAUGGCGUCGUGGAAGCUCGGGCCCGCGCUCGCCACCGGCAACGCCGUCGUCAUGAAGCCCGCGGAGCAGACGCCCCUCACCGCGCUGUACAUCGCGCAACUUGUCAAGGAAGCCGGUUUCCCUCCGGGCGUGGUGAACAUGCUACCAGGAUACGGAGACGCGGGCGCCGCUCUGGUGGAACACCCAGAUGUUGACAAAAUAGCAUUCACAGGUUCGACAGAAAUUGGCAAGUUGAUUCAACGUGGUGCAGCUAACACUUUGAAGCGUAUAACAUUAGAGUUGGGCGGCAAAUCACCUAACAUUAUAUUCGGGGACGUGGAUCUAGAGAAAGCCGUGGAAGCGGCACACUUCGCACUCUUCUACAAUAUGGGCCAGUGCUGUACCGCUGGAUCUCGUACGUUCGUGGAGGCGUCUAUAUACGAUAAGUUCGUAGAGCUAUCGGCGGAACGUGCACGAGCACGAGUAGUUGGCGAUCCGUUCAGGCCCGACGUAGAACAAGGGCCACAGAUCGACGCGGAGCAACACAAGAAGAUCCUCGAUUUGAUAGAGGAGGGUAAACAAGAGGGCGCCAAGCUAGUGGCGGGCGGCGGACGAGUCGGCGACCGCGGGUACUUCGUGCAGCCCACCGUCUUCAGCGAUGUCAAGGACGAUAUGAAUAUAGCUAAAACAGAGAUAUUUGGUCCGGUGCAGCAGAUUAUGAAGUUUUCAUCGAUAGAGGAAGUGAUUCAACGUGCCAACGACACUCAAUACGGUUUGGCCGCAGCGAUCUUCUCCAACGACCUAGAUAAAGUCAAUUAUCUAGUGCAGGCUAUCCGCGCGGGCACUGUGUGGGUGAAUGAUUAUCAUGUGUUCGGUAAUCAAGUACCGUUCGGUGGCUUCAAGCAAUCCGGUAUCGGCCGCGAGAACGGACCGUACGGACUCAACAACUAUACAGAAGUCAAAGCAGUCGUCGUUAAACUAACCGAUAAGAGCUCAUAAGGAACUAUACAAACGGCCCUAUACAAACCGAAGUACAGUCAGCAUAUAACUGUCGAAUUUAUCAAAUCUAUUUUUAUAAUGCUAUU